GUGUCGUGUUUAGUUCGUUUCAUAAAUAUAAAUAAUUAAGUGUUUUUCGGGCCGAGUAAAUUCACUAAGUGCGGAUUUAAAAACGCGCAAUCAGGACAAGCCGCAUUGCUGGCGAACACACCCAAAUCCAACCACUUUCGUUGCGCUUUUUCGCAUGCAUGAGAAUGAAAAUAAAACUAAGCGACUAAAACAAUAUCCAAAUACAUUUAUGCAUGGUGCCAUUAGAGCGCUAUAAAAUCAUAGCAAAACAAAUAAUCCAUUAAACAUAAAAACCAAGGCUGAUAAAAUAAAGAGUGACUGAAAACAACAACAUUUAAUAAUUAAUACAAACAGCAGUAAAAAUGGAAGCAAUUGCGAAACACGAUUUUUCUGCAACUGCCGACGAUGAACUCAGUUUUCGUAAAACUCAAAUUCUAAAGAUAUUAAAUAUGGAGGACGAUUCUAAUUGGUACCGUGCCGAGUGUGAUGGGAAAGAGGGCCUCAUACCCAGUAAUUAUAUAGAAAUGAAAAAUCACGACUGGUACUAUGGACGCAUUACACGUGCUGAUGCCGAGAAACUGUUGUCCAAUAAGCAUGAAGGCGCCUUCCUAAUACGCAUUAGUGAAUCCAGUCCCGGUGAUUUCUCCCUAUCAGUCAAAUGUCCCGAUGGCGUGCAACACUUUAAGGUGCUAAGGGACGCACAAAGUAAAUUCUUCCUCUGGGUAGUAAAGUUUAAUUCCCUCAACGAACUGGUCGAAUAUCAUCGAACGGCGAGCGUGUCGAGGUCACAGGAUGUAAAAUUGCGUGAUAUGAUACCUGAAGAGAUGCUUGUACAGGCGCUGUACGAUUUUGUGCCACAGGAAUCGGGGGAAUUGGACUUCAGACGCGGCGAUGUUAUCACCGUCACAGAUCGCUCUGAUGAGAAUUGGUGGAAUGGCGAAAUCGGCAAUAGGAAAGGCAUAUUCCCAGCAACUUAUGUGACGCCAUAUCAUUCAUAAUAAGAUAGAUACAUACAUACACCCAUGCAUAUAUAAAAGUGAAAAGGGAAACAUAAACAUCUAAACGUAAGGCAAAAACAGCCGCAGCACUACAACAAACACAAAAGAACACUAAUUUGAAUUAUAUUUAUAUACAUACAUAUACUGAUUUACACACACACAAACACCAUAUGCAAGAAGAACGAUUUCUAGACGUACAUUUAUAUACAGACAUACAUAUAUAUACACAUUAAGCAUAUAAGCCCAAAUGCAUUUUUUACGUUUUAAACAGAAAAUUUUGCAAACAACCGACACAAAACCGACGAUUGCAGCAUAAACUUAUAAUGACUACAAUUUAUAUAUACUAUAUAUUAGCAUAUAUACAUAUAGAAAUGGCACUAUACAAUGUAAACAAUCAAUUUUUGAUAUGAAUGUAUAUUUUAAGUUCAAACAACAUUUGUCCUGUGCUUCAAAAUGCGUAGACGCUAACGUAAAUCAGUCUAAAUGUGCUCUUUGUUUAUGUGUGCGUGAAGGUAAAAUAAAUUUCGUAAAAACAAA